AUGCCUUGGCCUGGAGUGACACGGAGAAAAUCCCGCUCCGAAGGAAAACGCCUGACCAUUCUUGGGCGCUCGGUUCUGCUCCUGGGAUCUCUACUCGCGUUCAACGGAUUGUGCUGGGUACUAGCUGGAAUCCUUUUUGGAAGGAAAGAAAGCACCAGGGAAGUGUUGAGUCUUUGUGUUUUGGCCUGGACAUACGGUCUGCGACAUGCCCUUGAUAGUGAUCAUAUAUCGGCCAUAGACAAUGCAACCCGUGGGUUAUUGGCGUUGGGCCAGCAGCCAGUCACUUGUGGGUUCUUCUUCUCUCUCGGACACAGCACGAUCGUCAUUGCAGUGAAUGUGGCGAUCGCUAUAAGUACCACUGUCUUCGAGCAUCUGGAUGGCGUUGGCAAUGUCGGAGGAAUUGUUGGGACGGCUGUCUCUGCUUCUUUCCUCUUUCUACUGGCGACCGCGAAUUCAAUCAUCCUAUAUACAACUCUAAGACGCAAGAGAGCUCGUGAACGCCAGAUAGCUGCUGGACUGCCAGUAGAACCACUCGAGCACGAUAUCGAACCCAUUCAGAAUCGCACGUUGAUGAUGCGCAUCCUUGGGCCCGUCAUGCGAGUUGUCGACAAGCCGUGGAAGAUGUAUCCUGUGGGUGUCCUCUUUGGAUUUGGCUUCGAUACAGCUUCCACGAUCGCCUUGCUAGCCGUCUCUGCGAUCGCAAAGUCGGCGGCGCAGGGUAAUAUCGUCAUCCUUCCGUUUCUAUUCACAGCCGGAAUGACUCUUGUGGACUCGAUCGACUCUGUACUGAUGCUUUAUUCCUAUGCGCUUCCAAGUCGACACACUGCGGAAGGCGCACUCGCGUUUUUUGAGCGGAAAGAGGAUCAAGCCCAGGAUCUCUCACAACCACAACAGGAGUCCAUAGAUCCUAUUUCAUUGUCAGAGAAGAAAGGAGAGGAAUUUGUCACGCCGCUGGUUACCGAGGCACCACCUGGAGGGGACGAGAUCGUCGCUCCGACACCUGCACAAGUGAUGAACACACACUUAGAGCACAAUAAGGCGACGACACUCUCUUCUUUGAGCAUUAUCCUGACUCUGUUGUCCAUUCUUGUUGCUUUCAGCAUCUCCCUUAUCGAGAUCAUGGGAUUGAUUGGGGACAACUGCGGGCCAUGCCAGGACGCCGCUAACGCUCCGGACGGAGGUGGACUGGCAGGCUCAUGGUGGAGGGCAUGGGACGCCGCAAAUGACGCUUCGGGAUACAUCGGAGCAUCGAUCGUGGGUGUAUUCGUCUGUAUUGUCUUGGUGUAUUUCGGUGGGAAAUGGGCGUACCAACGUUCGACGAGAAAGGCCGCAGGCCAAUCAAGGGAUAUUUAA